CUAAGCCUCAUCUAUGCUCUGCCAUGCCCUCGCUAUAGGAAAUCUGAAUUUCCUAUUUCCCAAGAUCCCUCACCUUAUUCUUUGUCCAUCCAGCUCAGAACGAGAACAGCCAAUCGGCACCAUCGCCUCCCCUAAGCAAUAACAGUCGCCCACAAUACUUACGAUAUGAACUUUACUAUAUCUUUCCCUCCUUCCGAAUCAAACCGUUCAAAUAAAGGAGGUCGUUCUUCAGAUUGUUCAACACCGGAAUGUCGCUGCUCAUUGUCCUUCGCCCCACAACGUGCUACCCUAAUCAAUAGCACUCGGGUCGCUAGUUUGCAAACUGUGCAGCGCUUCUCCCCCGCCGCCGACCAAAACAAGCUGAUAUCCUCAUGGAAAAAAAUGAGUUCCGAUAGAAAGGUGUCUUUGUCGUUUCACCAAACGAUAUCAGCCAUUGUUCUCAUCGUAAACAUUGUCUGGACGGCCUGGGCGAUGUCCAAGAACAACACCAGGAAUGGUAUCGGUACCCUCUUUCAGGGAGAUUGUGGCGUCGUCAAGAAGCUAGAUCUUUGGCUCCACCUGCUUAUUAAUAUACUAUCGACAGUACUACUUGGAUCAAGCAACUUUUGCAUGCAGAUUUUGGUAGCACCGAGUCGAAGAGAAGUGGACGAGGCACAUAGAAAGAGGAAGUGGCUCGAUAUUGGAUGUCCCAGUCUGCGCAACCUGAGACACAUCGCCUGGAUUAGAAGAGUACUCUGGUUUCUCUUGCUUGUCAGCUCUGCAUUCCUCAGUCUCUUCGAUUUUCAGGAUAAUACCAGGCCCUGGAACGUUUCAGAUGUCACCUCAGCUCAACUUCAAGUUCGAGCUUGGAACUUUGAAGUCCUGGACAAAACAACCUGCAUCAAAAGAUACACCGAUGUCCUCGACGUUGCUGGAGAUGUCGUUGUCAUUACAACCCUGGCGAAUAAUUCGAUUACCUUUAACGAUGGGACGUCACUCAUUUCCGAUUGGCGCCGCCCUACGGUGAGAAAUGCAUGGGAGGAUGCUCCUAUUUGGGUAUGUGAUUAUCCCGGCAGGGGAAGGUAUGAUUUCUGCAACUUUGACAACAUGCGUCCACAUGUGUCAAACUGGACAGUCUGGUUACCACCAGAUUACCACUUGACCGUCAGCCACUGCCUCAGCGCUGGGACCGGGUCCAACAACAAGCGGUGCUCUUUUCAUUACAGUCCGCCUAUCAUGAUCACCGUCUGCAUACUAAACGCAAUAAAGUGCGCGCUCAUCUGCUAUACCGCAUUUUGCGUUAAAGAAACCACUCUUAUUACCUUAGGCGACGCCAUUGCUUCGUUUCUAGAGCAGAACGAUUCAAACACAAGCCAAAUGUGUGGUUCAAACUUCGGGGACUUCGACAAGCAAGUGUGGGAGCUCACGAAACUUCCGUGGCAUCCUCAGAAGCACACACGGUGGUUUGGGGCAGCCAGUAAACAUAGAUGGGUGACUACUAUGGCUGUGCCUAUGGUAACUUUGAUCAUCGUUAUCGUUCUCCUAUCCGACACUCUGAUUAAUCAACGUUCCCGGAAACUCGCCACCGACUUUUCAAGCCUUUGGAGAGAAGGCAUCGGAGAAGUCCAUGCAUACACAGUCACCGGGGGAGUCUUGAUUAUGGCGAAUCAAACGAGAGCCUUCCUAGCCUGCGUAUUAUUUGCCAACAUGUUCCAGGUCCUUUGCUCUUUUAACUAUCUGCUCAUCAACAGCCUCUUCACAAGCAUCCUUGUAGCCUGCGAGUGGCUCAACAUGACGCGCCAUAGACGCCCGCUCCGUGUAUCCUUCCCUGUCAAACUCCAGCGAUCAUCUUACUUCCUCUCUCUACCGCUGCGCUAUGCGAUCCCGCUUUCUGGCUCUUCAAUGCUCCUUCAUUGGCUUAUUUCCCAGAGCGUUUUCGUGGUGCAAACAGCAGGGUGGAAUGCCGACGGCUCGCGGAACUACGAAUACGAUGCUUCGAGGGUGGGCUGGUCAACCAUGGGCAUCAUCUUUAGUCUAGUCGCAGGCUGCGUUAUUGUUUUCACGGCGCUCCUUUUGGGAUUCCGGAAACUACCACGGAGCGCAAUGUUUGCGCCCUUGGUCAGAACCUGUAGCGCUGCGAUUAGUGCGCAGUGUCAUCGCCCACCGAAGGAUAGAGAGGCUCAUCUACUGCCCGUUCAGUGGGGUGUCGUGAGUUGGGAUGGCCGGAAAGAGGUUGGGCAUUGCAGUGUUGCUACUGUGCGUGUUGCGCCACCGAUUCCAGGGCAUAUAUACCGAUAGCAUUCUAUGCAAGAUUACCGAAGACUACUCAGCAUCAAGGCCUUUCGUUCGAUUUGUCCUUAGUUUGAUCAAGAGUAUACUCAGCUCCAAGACUGGCAACCCUCGUCUUAAAACAG